CCACCAUUAUCAGGAAUAUACAACAAGAAAUUAACAAGUAUGAAAGCAGCAGCAUUGAUCUUCUCUGUUGUGUUCCUCCUCCUCCUCCAUUCUCUCGUGGCAAUAACAGAGAGCCAUUGGAGUAGAAAGCCGGUCAGCGCAGUUUGUGCAUCCCAGAUCACUCUGGUCAACCAUGCCUGCUCUUUUCUGAUCAUCAACCCUAGCCCUCCGCCUGGUUCUGCCGGGGGGCAACACCGCCACCACCGCAGGCCACAUCACGGCCACCACCACCAUUCCCCAGAGGAAGAGAUUUGCUGCAGAUGGUUGAAGGAGGUGGAUGACCAGUGCGUUUGUGACAUGCUAGUCAGUUUGCCUCCUUUUCUUGCUAGGCCUCUGCACCAGUUCACUGUCCAGGUGGGUGAUUCUUGCUUCCAGACCUACCGGUGUGGUACUCCCAUGAUAAGGAUGGAUUAAGUAUACUAUAUUAAGAAGUCAUUGAAAUUUGUAUACGUGCAUGCAUAUAUGUGGUUUGCAUGUGUCUGCAACUGAUCAUAAUUGCAAAGAAAAUUCCAAGGCCAUCUUUGUGGUUUCCAGUUAACUAAAUACUUGGAUGGUUUGAAUGUAUGUAACAGAGUUAUCAUAUAUAGUAAUUAAUACACACAUUUUAAUUUGUCUCACCGGUAGCGCAGUAGAGAAAUGAGACGAGUCUUGAAUUUUAUUUCACGGAUUUUCAAUGAC